GGGGACAUCUGCUGCCACUGCGAGGCUGCGAUCGCGGAGUCGCGAGCGACCACGUGCUCACAAUAUCCGACAACACUAGCAGCGAGCCAGCGAAGCAAGCAGAGCACUUUCUAGAGAAAUCCUUCAUCCACCCUUCACCAGUUCACCGCACCAGUGGCCGGCGUCCGGCGACGAUGAGCACCCGCGCCGCAGGAUCCGUCCUCCUCCGCCACCUGGGCCCGCGCGUCUUCGGCUCGGUUUCCUCCUCUCCCGCGGCUGCGCCGCCGAGGCCACUGCUGGCCCUGGCCGGCGGCGGGGAAUGGCGCGGGGCGGCCGUGUGGGUGCGGCUGUUGUCCACCUCCGCCGCCGAGGCGAAGGAGGAGGCGGCGGCGUCCAAGGGGAACGCAGGAAGCACCGCGGCGGCGAAGGCGGAGGCGGUGGAGGCCGCUAAGGAGGGAGACGGAAAGAAGGACAAAGUGGUGAGCAGCUACUGGGGCGUCGCGCCGUCGAAGCUGAUGAGCAAGGACGGCGUCGAGUGGAGGUGGUCUUGCUUCAGGCCAUGGGAGGCGUACAAGCCGGACACCUCGAUCGAUCUCACCAGGCACCACGAACCCAAGGUGCUGCUCGACAAGAUCGCCUACUGGACCGUCAAAUUGCUGCGCGUGCCUACCGACAUAUUCUUCCAGAGGAGGUACGGCUGCCGCGCCAUGAUGCUGGAAACGGUGGCGGCGGUGCCGGGGAUGGUGGGCGGCAUGCUGCUGCACCUGCGCUCGCUCCGCCGCUUCGAGCACAGCGGCGGCUGGAUCCGGGCGCUGCUGGAGGAGGCGGAGAACGAGCGCAUGCACCUCAUGACCUUCAUGGAGGUGGCCAAGCCCAAGUGGUACGAGCGCGCGCUCGUCCUCGCCGUGCAGGGCGUCUUCUUCAACGCCUACUUCCUCGGCUACCUCAUCUCCCCCAAGUUCGCGCACCGUGUCGUCGGCUACCUCGAGGAGGAGGCCAUCCACUCCUACACCGAGUACCUCAAGGACCUCGAGGCCGGCAAGAUCGAGAACGUCCCCGCGCCGGCCAUUGCCAUCGACUACUGGCAGCUCCCAGCUGAUGCGACGCUCAAGGAUGUGGUUGUCGUGGUGCGCUCCGACGAGGCGCACCACCGCGACGUCAAUCACUUUGCGUCGGACAUUCAUUUCCAGGGUAUGCAGCUCAAGGAGACACCUGCGCCGAUUGAAUACCAUUGAACAAUCUGGAUGCUUGAGAAUUCCAGUUCUUCAUUUUUACUAGAUGUAGGUUGAUGCUUGAGAAAUAAAAUCCCUGGCUGCUAUGAGUAGCAAAGAUCUCGUGGGUUGUUCCUAAUCUUUUACGUGUGUGUUUGUAAGUAGAGAUUCAGACAUUGAUACGUGCUUGACGCUGGAGCUCACUGAAUCUUCUCCUGAACGUACCAUUGAUUUGGUUGGUUCCGCAUUUCUGCUGUUUGAUCUGAACCUUGUUUUCGGAAA